UAAACUCUGCUGGGCAUCGUUUCGCGUCAAAACAUUGCGUCUCUGCAGGACUCGCCUGGGCUGGAGACAGAGAGAAGAGGAAAUUUGCCUUGGAAGGAAUGCGAAGAGGGGUUUAGGACUGGCACUGCCACGAGAAAAACGAGGAGGUGCGAUAUUUUCUAGGCUACGUGGAUAACUGUUUUUCUUCCCUUCAAAGGUGUUCGCCUCCCAACCCACCGCCCACCACGGCCCUCACCUGUGUGUUGCGGUGCUUCCCCUGUGAGCCGACCUGGGCUGGCAGUCCCUUCUUGCACCGCCCGCCAACACCGCCCAUGGUCAGAAUGACGCGCUCCAAGACCUUUCAGGCGUACCUGCCUAGCUGUCACCGAACCUACAGCUGCAUCCACUGCCGAGCUCAUCUGGCCAACCAUGAUGAGCUCAUCUCUAAGUCGUUCCAGGGCAGCCAAGGCAGAGCCUACCUGUUCAACUCAGUGGUGAAUGUUGGGUGUGGCCCCGCAGAGGAGAGAGUCCUGCUCACAGGGCUGCAUGCUGUUGCAGAUAUCUACUGUGAGAACUGCAAGACAACCCUAGGCUGGAAAUAUGAACAUGCCUUCGAGAGCAGUCAGAAGUACAAAGAGGGCAAGUUCAUCAUUGAGCUGGCCCACAUGAUCAAGGACAACGGCUGGGACUGAGGGAUGAACAGCCGGGGCACAACCACAGCAGAGGGGCGAGGGGAGCGGGGGGCUGGAUGACUGGACUGUAAAAUUAAUGGAUGGGAGGGAAGGAGGGAUGGGACGGGUUUGUGUGUGGUGGGUGAGUGUGUAACUUUGGUUUGGCUGAUUUACCAUUAACCUCUGUAACUCUCUGCCCAUCCCUCCCUACCACGCCUUUUUGAUGUGCAGUCACACAAACACAAACAUGUAUCAAGGUCCCAGACAUCCCAGCUUGACAGAGAGACAGACUCGGGCUUGUAUGCAGCUAGCAGGACUAGGUGACUAGCCAGCAAAACAAGAUGUCUCAGUUUUGGUUUUUGUUUUGUUUUUUUAUUAACAUAAAAUGAUUGCUUUUAAACUGUGGCAACACUCCUUCUAUAGCUGCUAGGAAAUCAUUCAGAGGAAAUUUAGCCAGAAAGAGGCCAGUGGGGCCGCUCUGACAGGGUUCAUUGGCUUUGGUUGAAGAGCUGUGGGGCAUUCACUCUGUCACCAGCUGAAUGAGAUGACCUAAGAUGAUUAUAGCAAAUCCAGCUGAUCGGGGCCAUGCCAGCUGGGCCAGUGAUGAGGCCUGGCGCUGAGCCUUGGCACUGAGGCUCUAGCACAUGGGCGUUGGGCUGUGGCAGGAAAGGAAGAAGGAUGGGAGGAGGGGUUGCAGGGAUUGCUGCCCACCAGGCCGUUCACUCAACAUUGCAGGGGAGGAAGAUUCUGAUCCAGUUAUGCAGUGGCUUUGAUGGCUUUUGGCUUGGAUCCACCCUGUGACUUGCCAGCAGUGCAGCUCAGAACGGGGCAGGGUGGGCCGAGAGUGAAAGAGAUACAGGCAGGCGGUCACCAGCGCAUCCUAAAACCUCACAGGAAUUCAACUGAGCAGCAGCAAAGCGACUCCCCGGAGUUUUAUUCAUCUUUGGAUGCAAGGAGCUGUGUGAAGUGAUCGGCCUAUCCGUCCUGUUUAUGUCUGGUUUCAGAGGACACAUCGCUGCAUCAUGCUGUUAGCUGGCAUGAUAGGAUUACACAACAUGAGUCUGUCUUAAGUGAACAACUUUGACUUGGAUUCCCAAUUGUUUCUGACCACUGUGAACAUCUUUUAGCACAUUUAGUUCGAUUAGUAAAGGUGAGGACGCUCUGCAGGAUUAGCAGGGCAGCAUUUGAUACAAUUUCAGUCAUUCAGUUUAAAGUUUGAUGAAGAUGGCUCUGUGUGAUUGGUUUCAUGGGCCAAGGGAAAAUACGGAAAGUAAAGGAAAUCACAAGAAGUUUAUUAUCUUUUACUUGAAUAAAAUAGAGAUGUGUAACCUAAAUAAUCACUCUUAGGCUCUCUUUCAGUCUGGGAUGACUGCUGAUUAACCACAAACAAAAACAUGAAACAAUAUACUCCACAGAUAGCCUCUCUUUGUUCAUAAAAGCACCAACUUUUUCUGUUCUUUGGUGCUCUAAAUUUUAGAUCUUUUUUCUUUUCAGCCUGAUUUUGCUAGCUUAGUAAUCCUCAUGCAACAUGGGUCUUACCGUUUUGACAUGGAGUUGCAAUAGAAUUGUUUGAGAACAUCGAUGCUUCCUUUUCUUUGUAAGGCCAGGAUCGUACCAUAUGCUCUGGAUGCAUCAGAAGGAAAUGUGAUAUUUUCAACUUAGAGACUGUCACAGCCACCUACAGUCUGUGGUGAUGCAACGUUAAUGCAUGCACAAAGUAAAAUCAAGUGUUCUGACCAGUUUUGUGCUCGGUCUUUGUCACGUUCUUGUGAAAGGAACAUUUUGUGUGUAUCAGAGUUGCAAUGGAUUAUUGUGCUGUAAUACAACUUCUAAUCUCAGUCCAUUAAAGCGGUGAGAUCUUUCUGUGAUGGCUACAGAGUGAAACUGAUUCAGUGUGAUCCUGGUUAAGAAAAGUAAAAUUAGUUGCCCUGUUUUUGUCACACAUAAGUUCCCAUUGUUCCAAACAUUGCUUGAGAAGUUGCUCUGUAUUUGGCAAGCCCCCUUCAGUACCCUCUAGUUACAACCAGACUUUAACAAAUGACUCUCUUCAGUAACACCUAGCAGCUGACUGCUCAGUGGGAGGCUGCCAUGUUAAACCCAGCACAACCAAAGAACCCACCCAUCAACAAUAAAUUGACCAAACAAAAAUCCUCAUUUUGUUCGGGCAAAGUGUUGCUUAACAUGGGGGUGUGUAUAGCUGAAAGCCAAGGUUGUGGAUAGCCUUUCUCUGUGAAAUAUAUAAUGCAUUAUGAUUUUGUAAACAACAAAUCUUAAUAUAUUAAUAUAUUCUAUUUACUGUAUUCACCAUGAGGAUAAUUGUUCAUGUUGACCUCUGUGUUACAGACUGUAAAUAGUGUUAAUGUAUUGUGUUUUAUCGAUGAUCCAUAUGAUGAUGAAUGAAUAUGAUUUAGGUCAUGUCAUGCUUUCUCUCUGGUACCCCACAUUGGCUGUACAAUACUACUUUUUUACUGAAAAUGUUUCAAUUUUAAUGUCUUUUGUAAAGGAGGAUGCUGAUGUUGACUAUAUAUCAUUGGAUCUUCAUCUAAUAAAAUGCACCUUGAUAUCUCU